AUGAUAAAUUUAUAGAAUCAAUCUAUCGUACUUUUCAUGGUACUUAAAUUUCUAUGUAAAACAUUACUUUAUAAGCAGAUUAGCACUUUUGAAAUUCAAAACAAAUAUUAAAUUAAAAAAAUAAAAAAAAACAAUAAAAAUAUAAAAAUGAGCAACUCUAAUAUUCCUAUCAUCUUAUCUUUGACAUUAAUAUCUCUUGUCAUUUUUGGUCUAUUUGUUGGAUCUGAUAAGAAUGCACUCACUAACUCCACCAACACUACUACAUUCUCUUAGUGGGCUUCAUGCUACACCAAAUUGAACUCUACAACCUGUGAUGACAUUAAAAAUAAUAGCACUGAGCAGAAUUUAUGUUACUAGUCUUCUUUCUAAGUAGGUCAACUUACAUAUGAUGACUCUAACUUCACAACAACUGAAUGCCAUAACUUCCAUUAGUUCUUUAAAACUGCAAAAAGUUCAGAUAUGAUUAAUACUGGUGAUCAUUACUUCUAUUGUUAUAUGAGUAGAGAAGUCUAAAAUGCAGCUUACUAAAGCUAAUACUAUUACAAUAAAAUUUAUAGACCAAUCUACAUAAGUUGUGCUGGUUAUUGA